AUAUAUAAAGAAGCUUCUUCAUAUUGACUCCUGUUAUUUAAUUUCGAAACUUCUCAAAUUUACUUAUCAGGUAAGAAAUGCAUGACAUAAAAUAAUCAUAUGGAUUACAAAACAUCCUUUAACAUAUUGAGGACUGAGGUUUUGUGCAUGCAAGAAGGAAAAUGUUUCGUCUAGCUUUUGUGAUCUUUUGUCUUAACUCCUCAAAUGCCUGCACGCAAAGCGGCUGGUCGUCAUGGAUAAAUGAUAGACUCGCUUCACAAGCUCCUUUGCCAGGGGAAGAGAAUGCGACAGAACUUAAAAAUCCUGGCGGUGAUUUCGAAAACAUGAACACCACAGUCAGGGACCAUUUUUGUGCGUCUGGUCACGGUGUUAUUACAGAUAUAGAAUGCGUCACGGCGAAUAACGGAACCAGUUACGCACAUGCGCAGUCAGGACAACAUGCGAUGUCAUGUGAAGCUGCGAGCGGUUUCAAGUGUUUAAACCGGCACGUGGAUGGCGGCUCCUGUUUGGACUACAAGAUUAGAUUGUUUUGUAAUUGUACAAGUCCUGUACUAAUAUCACCUGCAUCUGCUGUGGUUACAUCAUCAGAGACUACUCUACCAAGCAAAACGAUGUCUUUACCUUUAAAGAACAAUACUGAAAAGUCUCUAUCCAGUCUAUCUGCUAAAAGAUACCCUACCACGAGGAGAGAACCAGUGACGUCCUCAAACGGCAAGGACAUUUCUACAAGCAAGAGUGCAAAUGAACAAGGGGAGCAAAGUGCAGCAAAGAAAAAUGCUGGUGUAGUUGUCAUCAUCUGGAUGCCAUUCACUUUCCUCUUGGCGUUGGUUACAAUCGUACUUACCAUGAACAAUAAGUGCUAAAACUCUUUACCUUAUCAUUCUGAGCAUGAAUAUGUAGCGUAAUGUCUACAAACUUUUGCAGUAAUUGCUUCUUUUACAAUUUAGCAUGCAUUAAAUAUGCCAAAUAUGAAGUUAGAAAUUCAGAUUAUGUUGCUUCGAGUAACUGCUACUCUAUUUUUACAGAAAUUAGAAUUGUAAAAUAUUUCUUGUGCCUACACCGCAUUUGUUUCCAUGAACCGGACUUGAGAGUAAUUAAAAAAAUCACCUCUUAAAACUGUCAUUACCAUCGAGCUAAUAUAAAUUAGUUACGAUUUCAUACUUGUAUGUGUGCGUGUGGUUUCACCUUUGUUUAAGAAAGCGUAUUGGGCGUAAGUGUUUAGAACAAUAUUAACACAAUUUAGCCACACACGUUCAACAUAUACUUGUAAAGCCUAAAUGUUAAGUCUCAAACAAGGAGAAAAAAAUCUGUAAGUCUUAUCUUCCAUUCUUUUCCUUUCCUGGUAAUAUCAUUUUGAGAAUUAUCCCUUUUACACCUUCUUGACAUUAACAAACGUCAUUUCUUUCUGUAUAAAUAUAAAGUAUUUAUGUAUAAAGAUCAGACUUGUAAGGUUUAAUAUUUGUUCAAAGAUAUAUAGCUCAUUUGUUGCUAUUAUUCAUUUUGACAAAUUCCAACAAAAUUGAUUAGAUCUAUAAGCCAAAAUAAAUAGAAAGUAUUUGGACAUUUCCAUCAGAUUUCUCAAAAACUAAGAAAUCAUCAAUGUAUGUGGUCUUUGUAACAUUAUGUGAUAUUGAACGCACGUAGUUAAGAGCUGUUUAUGGUGUCAUGAAAUGACGUCACUUUUAUUCUCGGCGUUUAAACUGCUUUUGAUUUUUUUUGUUAAAUUUCACAUUUUAGAUUUUUAAUAGUUUCGUCAAAAAAUAUACAUCACAAUUUUCCCUAAUAAUGAAAAAUUCCUGAACACGAAACGCAGAUAUAACUGCUGGGCAAAUAGCUAGAACAUUAUGCGUAACUUUUAUUACUUUAGUGUUGUUAAUUAGAUCUAACCUGAUAACAUGUUUUACUCUAAAAUGUCUUCAGUAGAACAUUGUAGUGACAAUUCUGCUAUUACAUUUAA